UUAAAGUCGAGAUAAUCCAUCUCCUGGCGAUACCGGCCGAAGUCGCAAAUGUACUUUGGCAUCAGUAAAUGGGCCCUCGCCACUAUGCUCCUCAUCAAUCUGUGAGUGCCAGAAUGGGAAAGGUUCUGGAGCCGGAAACAUCAUGCUACGUUACUUUUCAAUUUGCCAGUAGAGGACCUGAGCUUGUCCGAUAGGUUGGGUAUAUACAAGGUGGUGUAUAUAUAUAUUUAUAUACCCCUACUCCUCGGUAUCCUUACCUUUCCCGCGUUUCAAGCUGUCUUCCCGCGAAAAACAGCGAAAACCUAACUUACUUCAAUGAACAACAUCUUUGCCAUUCGGGGAGUGUUGAAAGUGCGUGAACUGCCGAAAUAAAUAAUCAGUUCAUACAUUUAUUUUAUAUGAAAGAUGUGCAUGAGAUAACGACAAGUCUGAUUCGCGUCCAAACAGUUUUUAAUUUAUAUUUCUCCAAAAAUAAUUGGUUAUUGCAUGUAGGUUACCCAUAGUACAAAGUAACGAGAAAACGUUGACAAAUUUUAAUAAAAUUAAAGGCUUGCAAAUUAAGAUCUGUACAAAUUUGUGUCUUGCAUGUGCUAGUAAGCUUUAUAAAUAACGUAUAUAAAAAUGACAAGUAUUCAGACGACGAUCCCAUUUACUGAACGGAAAAGGUGCUCUUUCUAUGGAGCUAAACAUAAAAUUGAAAACAAAGAAGAUUUUACUAACGCGACCGUCAGGGAUUCUUCUUACAAAUAUACACCGACAGUGAAAAAGAUUAUCACAUUAAGUAGUAGCGAAUCAGAUUCAGAUUCUGACGUGGAGAAUGCAAUAAUAAAAAAUAAUGUAAAAGUCUGUGAUCAUACCGCGGGCAUACAGACCCCGCGACGUACUCGAAAGUCGAGCGAAUCUGACGAAGAGCAUGGUUCCACUCCUCCAAAACAGAGAAAGAUGGGUCAGCUCCCAACGUCACCAUCAACGCCGUCGACUCUUUUUGACAAGUUAAAUUUGAUGUCGUCUCCUGAGAAGGAAGAUAAAUUAGCUCCUAAGAGAUUGUUUGGAGCAGAAAAAUAUCGCAAUGCUCGUAAAGCCUUGCAUAGUUCAGUACCUGAUAGUUUACCUGGUAGAGAAAGUGAAUUAGAAAAACUGCACGAAUUCAUGGAGGAACAUUUGAAAAACGAAACAUCAGGCUCAUUAUAUGUGUCAGGACCUCCUGGAACUGGGAAAACAGCAUGCCUUUCUAAGCUUAUGCAAAAGACUGAAUUCAAGUCGAAAUUGAAAGUCGUUUAUAUUAAUUGCACAACUAUGAAAUCUGCUGCUACCAUUUACGCAAAAAUCAUUCAAGAAUUAGGGUUGAAUGUGAAAAAAUCUGCAAAGAGUAAAGCGGUUAUAGAAAAAUAUUUGACGACGAAUCACAAGAUGUUACUGUUGAUUCUAGAUGAAAUAGACCAAUUAGAAAGUAAAAAACAAUCUGUCUUAUAUUCUAUUUUUGAAUGGCCUUCGAUAAAUAAUUCUAAAUUGAUAUUAGUUGGCAUUGCCAAUGCCUUGGAUUUGACGGAUAGAAUAUUGCCUAGAUUACAAGCUAGAUGCGAACUGAAACCAAAGUUGAUGCAUUUCUCUCCGUAUACGAAACAGCAAAUUUGUAAUAUAAUAUCUGAAAGAUUGAACGAAGCGAAUGUGUCUGAUCUGUUUACUGAACAUGCGAUGCAGAUGUUGUCUGGUAAAGUUGCUGCUAUUUCUGGUGAUAUAAGAAAAGCAUUGGAUAUCAGUAGAAGAGUUAUAGAACUUGCAGAAUCUCACAAAGUGGCACAAGUUCUGCAGCCAACCAAUGAUAAUGAAACAAACACAGGUAGCCCUAAGAAACAACAGUCUCAAACGGUAAAGCCAGUAGAUUUAAAGGAAGUCGUCACAGUUCUAAACGGCGUUUACGGCGGGUCCCAAAAUAUUCAAAAAGAAGAAAGUACAUUCCCGUUACAACAAAAACUGCUUCUUUGCUCCCUCUUACUUAUUUUAAAUAAAGGACGAAACAAAGAUGUGACAGUGGGAAGAUUGCAUGAAGUAUACAAGAAGAUCUGCAAGAAACGGAACAUACACGCAGUUGACGGAUCUGAAUUUUAUAGCUUAUGUUCAUUGAUAGAAACAAGAGGUAUCCUGAAAUUGGCGAGAAAAAAGGAGCCACGUUUGUCGAAGAUAAAUUUGGAAUGGGAUCAAGAAGAGUUGGACGCAGCUUUACAAGAUAGAAACAUGAUGGCAGAAAUUAUUAACGAUGUGACUUGCUUAUAGAUAUUUAAACAUUUAAGAACUAUUGAAUUUUAUACUGUUUUCUUUAAUUGUUAAAUUGGCAUAUUGUAUUUUUCGAUGUAUUAACAGUACCUUUUAAAAAACU